AUGAGGAAGAUUGGUCCAGAACAACAGACAGACAAAGAGGGAGGGAGGACAAUGUUUGAAAAUGUCCCAGCGGCAUCCUCAGCGGAGCGGCAGCAGGUUCUGGGAGCUCUGGAGCGACUGCAGGCCAAACUGCUGCAGAGGGAGGAGUGGACCCACAGUGAAACCAUGGGCAACCUGAGGGAGACCCUGCAGAGUCCCCUCUUCAGCCACAUCCUCACCCUACAGCACUCCAUCAAACAGCUCCGCAGCCAGCUGAGCAGUAUGCCACCUGAAGCCUGCAGUGAGUUCAGUUUCUCCAAAAAGGGUCAGCUGAUCAUGAGCGCUGUUGAUCCAGUCAGCAGCUCCUCCUCCCUAGUGAGCACUGCCUUGUCUCCACCCAUCCGUCAGACUCCGCCCUCAUCUGAAUUCAACCUACAGAAAUGGAUCCUUGUUGCCGCAAAGGGCCUUCAUAUAGAGGUGUGCCAGCUCACUCGGCCUCUGUCUGGAGGUCUGGGCUUCAGCGUGGUCGGUCUGAAUCCUGCAGGAAGCAGCAGUCAGGGCGUAUUCGUCAAACAUAUCCAGCAUGGAGGCAUCGCACACAGGUUCAGCCUACAGCUUUAA